UUCUGUUUAGAUACUCAACCUCAUGGCGAAGACUUUGAAAACGUUGUUUCCGUUGAUAAUUAAUUUUCUCUGUAAUUACUGAAUUAAAUUUGAUUGUUCUCUUUUAAUUUUGUUAAACUAUCAUCCGUGAAGAUGGGCAAAGUCAAAUUAGAUUCGAAUGUGAAGAAAAAACUGGCUGUAAAUGUCUCCAAAAACGACCGAUCUGUGAUUGCAGUUACUGGUUCAUCUGCUCAUCUUGUUGUUGCUUCAAUCUACAGUCGAUUAAUUAAAUUGACCAAUAAAUCAUCAUUAUCGGUUCUAUGGUUAUGUAAACAAGUUCCAAUAUACUAUGAAAGUGAUUCGAAAAAAUUAUCCAAAUUACAUAAGCGACUUAAAUCAGGAGAUGCAAGUCUAACAGAGGAAGACAUGUUUACCAUUCUAUUGGAUAGAGUUGCGGUAAAUUUUAUCCACUACAAAGAUGAUUUUCCAUUAAUUAAUCAAUCUUAUGAUAUUCUGGUGGUUGAAGAUUUCUCCUGUUUAACACCCAACCAAUUGGCCUACGCUUGUGAAUGUAUUCGAUCCUCUGGGUGUAUCAUGUUUCUAUUAAAUACAAUCAAAGAUCUAAAGGAGCUCUACACACUUUCGAUGAAUUGUCAUAAAAUUUACGAAAAUUGUUCUUCUAAAGUAAAUUCUCUCUUCAAUGAAAGAUUCCUUCUUUCUCUCGUAACCUGUCCAACCUUUAUCGCCAUCGAUGAUAACCUGAAACUCGUACCAUUGACCAAUUUCAGCGAAGCAAAAGUUUCACCUGAAGAGGUGACCAACAACGACGAGAAUGAGCUAAAUGUCUUGAAAAAUUCAACAAUUGAUACUCAACCUCUUGGAUGUUUAGUUAAUUGUUGUUCAACCCUAGACCAAGCAAAAGCUGUUGUUAAAAUGGUUGAGAUAAUUUCCAGUAAAGAAAAUCAAAUGGCCUGUUUAAUGGGACCUCGAGGACGAGGUAAAUCAUCCGCUCUUGGAUUAGCAAUUGUCGCAGCAAUUAACUUAAAUUUCUCGAAUAUAUUUAUCACCACAACUUCACUAGAUGGUCUUGAGAUAAUCUUUCACUAUAUUCUAAUGGGUCUUGAGCAAGCUGGUUACAAAGAAGGUGAAGAUUAUCAAAUCCUUCGAACAUCAAAAAGUUCACUUCUCACCUCAUCAUCUUCAUCUCCAUUAGCAUCUCCAUCUAUCCUUUCCCCUGUUAACAGUAAUGAAAAGAUUAUCACUCGAAUCAAUAUCAUUCGAACCUGUCGUCAAUUUGUUCAAUACAUUUCUCCAUAUGAAGCAUCACAAGAUGAACUUUUCCGAAAAUCGGUUCAACUAUUGAUCAUCGACGAAUCGGCUUCCAUUCCUCUAGACCAGAUACGAUCACUUAUCGGUCCACACAUGAUCUUUACCAGUAUAACCAACAACGGAUUUAAGGCCAGUGGACGAACUCAUGUUACUAAUUGUCUAAAAGAAUUACGAAAAGAAUCAAAAAAUUUCUUCACCGAAUUAACUCUUACCCAGCCAAUUUUAUUCUCAGCUAAAGAUUCAGUUGAAAAUUGGAUAAAUUCAGCGUUUUGUCUUGACUGGAAUUGCGAUGAAACCAAAGAGGCUUCCAAAGAAACACCAAUCGGUUGUCCAGCUCCAUCCGAGUGUCAAUUGUUUUACAUUAAUCGAAACACUUUAUUUAGUUACCAUAAAUCACCGGAAACACUAUUACAAAAAUUGAUGCGUCUCUAUUUCUCAUCUGAUUAUAUUGUAAACGCUAAUGUUAUCCAAGCGAUGGCCGAUUCACCGGAUCACCAUUUAUUUUGCCUUCUACCACCGACAAGUCAUAAAUCUAAAAUACCGGAAGUUUUAUGUUUCAUUUUCUUACGAAUAGAAGAUGAAGAUUCCCCACUUAAUUGGACUCAUGAUGCUAAUUGUAUCGACGGAGAAUCAUCAAUCUCUAAACUAAUUCAACAAGAGUAUUUAAGCUCUAAACUGUUAACUCUUCAUGGUGCUCGAGUCAUCAGAAUUGCGAUCAAUCCUAAAUACGAUAUCGCUGAAUAUGGUUACGAUCGUCGUGCCUUACAAUUAGUUGAAGAAUAUUUUAAAGGAAAUUUUAAUAUUAAACUAAUUGAACAACAGGUAACACCAAUUGAAAAGGUUUUCGAGAAAAUUGGAAUCAAUAUGUUGGACAUUAGUCCUCGAGACGAUUGUCAACCGUUAUUUCUUAAACUUGAAGAGCGUCAAGCUGAAGUUUUAGAUUACAUUGUGGUCAAUAUUGGAAUGACCCAAGGGUCACUUAAAUUUUGGCGUCGAAAUGGAUACACACCGAUCUACAUAAAUCCAGAAUCAAAUGAGACAACACGAGAACACGAUUGUAUCCUAAUUAAAUCGUUAAUUCGAGAAGAUGAAGUUGAUGAUGAUGAACAAGAAGAUGAUUCAGAGAAAAUUUCAAACAAAGAGAAUCCAAAUGAAUGGUUAAUUACUCUUUGGGAACAAUUUAGAAAUCGAUUCAUCUCUCUACUUCCAUGUAGUUUUUACCAUUUAAAAUCUUUAUUAGCAGUUGAAGUACUUCAAGAAAAUGAUUUUAUCCGAUCUCAUAUUAAACGGCAACAAUUAACUAAGAUUGAAUUGGAAAUGUAUUUAACCCUUCACGAUCUUAAACGGCUUGAGAUAUAUACUAAUUUUCGUGAUGAUUACCGACGUAUAACUGAUUUACUACCUCAUUUGGCUAAAUUUUUUUUCCUCCACAAAUUUGAUGAAUCAAUUCAUUUAUCACCGGCACAAUUAAUCAUCUUACUUGGUGUUGGUCUUCAGGGUAAAACAAUUGAUGAGAUGGGAGAUGAAAUUGGUUUACCAGGUAAUCAAAUAUUGGCCCAUUUCUUGAAGGCGGUGAAAAAAUUUUCUACCUGGUUAAACACAAUACAGGAAAAGGCAAUAGAGGAAGCACUUGGCCUGGAGAAACAAAGUUUCGACGCCAUUUAUUCAAUGAGACCAGUACCAGGUACUCUUGAAGAUGAACUAGAAGAUGCAUCGGAAAGGACAAAAGAAGAGGAAGAAAAUCGCGAAAAAAUGUCCAAAGAGAUGAAACAUCUCUCGAAAUAUGUAAUCAAAGGAAGCGAAGAUGAUUGGGAUCAAAUGUUGAUGGGAAAACACAAAUCGAUUGUCUCAAUUAAAUCAGUUCAACCGAAAAAACCGAAGGGCGAAAUUGAACCAUUAGAAAAAUCGGAUAAGCGGAAACAGAAAUUCAAAAGAAAAUUCAAAUAAUUUUUAUUUACUAUUAAACUAAUUUGUCAAAAUAUAUGAAGGAAAAUGCGAAUGAUAAAAGCUGAUUAAUUGUAAACAUUUCGGUUUCCAUGUCGAUUUGUCUUUUGUUUGACCUCAAAGUUUAAUCUUUUCAAUUCUUCGGAUAGAAAUUUGUUCUCGGUUUCAGCACGAAUCAAAUCUUCUUGCAACUCGACGAUCUUUUUCUCAAUCCAUUUGGCCUGAGCUUUUUUCGCCUCACGACUUUUCCGAGCUGAUUCAUUAUUCUUUUUCGCCGAGCCCAAUAUUCAUCAUUCUUUAAUUCAUCUGGCACCGGGUUUGCUUUCUUCUUCUUAGCGGGUGGAUUAUUUUCCGAUUCAGAGACUUGAAUCUCUUGAGAUGAAGUAUCCGAAGUGUCGGGAGUCGAUGAUAAAGCCAACAAUGAGAGUGCAACAUUCUGAAGCAUCAUCGAUUGAGCCGGAAUACUUUUCAACGGAAGCGGCUGAUCGG